CAGAUGCCUACCGCAGCGGGACCAAACCCACUUCCCGACUCUCCCCGCCUGGUCCGGAAACCCCAAAACCGAAGGAGAUGUUGGCGGGAGCUGCGUUAUCCUCUCCCCGCCUCCCUCGCCUCCGCCCUUUCGUUGCUCUUCGGAGCGGCGAACCACUCCGAGCUCUAAAUCCUUCUUCUCUCUCGCUAAAUCCGCUGCCGGUUCCUAGGGUUUCUUGUUCUCUGGUGAAUUUGGCGAGAUCGAGCUCCGGCGCCCGGUCGAAAAGGGACGCGGAAGGUCUCUGGGAGGACCCAGAUGAUGGGUACGGAAGCGAUUAUGAAGAGAUGGAUCGAGAAGAGGAGGAACGAGGAGUUGAAGGAGAAGCGAAGCCUUCUUAUGUUGAUAAUGACGCUAUUCAAUCUACGACCUCUGAAUACGAGGAAGAGAUUGUGAAAGAAGUUGAAAUGCUGUUAGAACCAGAAGAAAAGGCUAUUUUGCAAGAGAAUGAAGUUCCUGAUCUCAGGAAAAUAUCGACUAUUAAGUGGAACCCAUUUCAUAAUCUGGCAUUGUCAGGGCAAAUACCUUUCAUGGAUAAACUACUUGAGCUUGGUAUUGAUAUUGAUUCUGUUGACAAGGAUGGUUUUACUGCUCUUCAUAAGGCAGUGAUUGGUAAAAAGGAGGCUGUUAUUAGCCAUCUUCUGCGGAAAGGUGCAAAUCCUCAUAUCAGGGAUAGGGAUGGUGCCACGCCAUUGCAUUAUGCAGUUCAAGUUGGUGCAAUGCAAACUGUGAAGUUACUUAUCAAAUAUAAAGUUGAUGUAAAUGUUGCAGAUAAUGAUGGAUGGACACCACUGCAUGUUGCCAUACAAAGUAGAUCUAGAGAUAUUGCAAAAGUACUGCUAGUAAAUGGUGCUGAUAAGACAAGAAGAAAUAAGGAUGGGAAAACUCCUUUGGAUCUAAGCUUAUGUUAUGGGAGAGAUUUCAAGUCGUAUGAGCUUGCUAAGCUACUCAAACUUGUUCCAGCAAAUAGAGAUCCUUGAAACGCCCUGCUUAUCCAGUAAAUGGAGCUCGCUGAAACUUUGCAUAGUUGUGGGAAUUGCUUUUCUAUGAAGAGAGGGUCAACGAGCAGCAUGGCAUUUCAUAAACUCAUGGAAAUGUUGAUCACCAUACAUGUAAGUCCAAUAAUAGUGGUCAAAAUCUGAUCAUUCUGCCGAAAAUUUCUAUUGACUGUAAUUAAAUAGCUGAGUGAGUGGGAAGGCAUUUUUGAUUUGGGCGCUAAUUGACAUCUCUGCUGAAUGGGUUAGUGAACACAAUUUUGAUUAAAGGUGAUCUGGAGUUCAAGCAGGUGGGAAGAAGGAAUGUUCAACGGGCAUGUGCAGAUGUUUAGAGCAUUUUGAAAUAACUCGACAACCUCCAUGGAAAACUCUUAUGGAGUUGGGAAAGAAAAAAAGUGUAGGCCAUGAUUGUGUGGCAUGCUCAAGGGCAAUACUUUUUGCAUCUAAAGCACAACCAACUCAAUUUGAGAAUUGUUUCAGCAAUUAUUGGAUUAACAUUAUCUUAGCACAUGAGAAACCAUAUUGAGGCCUGAACAGUGAACUUGUGGUACGCUUGUGGUAGGAGAAAAAGUGGUCAUGCAUCAAUUUUUGGUUAAGAUCUCUGUCAUGUAUCCAUUGGAAACAAAUUAUAAGCCUGAUGUAAUGACUUCAGAAGUAACUGCAAUAUGCACAAUGAUUUUAGAUGAGAGUGAUUCCA